AUGUCCAAUUCCUCUCCUCCCAACGCCGUCGCCGGGAGCAAUGGUGCCAACGACGAAACCGCCUCCACCAUUACCGUCAACACGGCCAAGGCUCCCCCGACCUUCCCACCGCCCAAGACCGACAAGCCUCGGCCGCAUGUCUGCGCGACUUGUCAGCGCUCCUUUGCCCGAUUGGAACAUCUGAAACGUCACGAGCGAUCCCACACCAAGGAGAAGCCCUUUGAGUGUCCCGAGUGCACACGAUGCUUCGCCCGCCGGGAUCUGCUCUUGCGUCACCAGCAGAAGCUGCACCAGACCACCACACCGUCGUCGCGCCCGCGGAACCGCCGUGAGAGCGCCAGCGGUGCCGCCCCGGGCCAGAGCCGCGCCCGCAAGAACAGCGUCGCCGCCGCCGCCAAUGCAAGCAACGCCGCUGCCAACGCCGCUGCCAUGCGGCCCCGGGCCAACACCAUCAGCCAUGUCGACGGCACCCACAUGCAGAUGAUCGCGGCCGCCAACGCCUCGGUGGCCCGCAGCCACGCUCAGCCCUCGCACAACCGCCACCCCAGCCUGAUCGGCUUGCCAAUCCACAAUCUGGACCACGCUUUCGGCGGUAUGUCUUCGGUCAUGGGCCAGCGCGGCAUGCACCACGGCCUGCCCAAGUUAGAGACACAUGGAAUUAACAACAUGGAUUUUGGUGCAGGCUUGCGUACUGCUCCCCCGCUGGCGUUUGGACAGCCCGACUUUGACUUUGAGGGCCUCCUCUUCGGACAGCCUGGAUCCACCAUAAAUCCCAACGCCCUGCACUACAGCGAGUCGCCGCACUCCAUGGCCCUGGACCCGACGUCUCCCUUUGGCAACGGCAUGGCCGACGUGUCCUCCAGCCAGCACCUGGACGAGAACUUUGACUGGUUGACAGGAUUUGAGCAGAACAUGUCUUUCAACAACCCCAACGAGAACGCCGUGGAGAGCAACUCGCCCUCUGCCAUGAGCACCACGAGCCAGAGCGGCAUCAGCGACGUCAUGCUCGACGGCUCCAACCACCCUGCCGUGACCACGGCCACCAGCUCGAUAUGGCAACCUGCCGUCAUGGGCCCGCCAACCAUGAAUAACCCCUUUUCUCUAGACCUCAACACCUCCGUCUUCCCCGACCUCAUGAAUGGCGCCCCCGUCUCACCCCAGCCUGCCUCCCAGAAGACCAUGGAGAACGUCUACUUCUCAACGCCACCUCCCUCCAUGAGCUCUCUGAGCCCGUCCGUCAUGUCGGGACUGAACCCCCAGAAUCUGAACCAAGCCCUCAACGGCUUUGGCAAUGGCCCCGAGACUCCCACGUCGCUGGGCGGUAGCCACCAUGGACCCUCUCCCGUCUCGACCAUCACGGACGCGACAAGGGCUGCAAUCGUGAGUGCCCUCUCGCAAUGUGCUCCCUCCUUUGGUGGCCGGAAGUACUCCUUCCCAACGCCAAGUUCUCCGAUGUCUCCCCAGAACCAGUCAAAUGGAGAAAAUGUCCCAGAGCACGCUAAGAAUCUGCCCAGCACUCAUGACUUGCAACGGUAUGUUGGGUCUUAUCUCCGCUUGUUUCACCCUCAUAUGCCGUUUCUGCAUGUCCCGACCCUCUCGUUCGACAUGCCCUCGAAGCCGUCGGCGUCCAAGGCCAGCUCGGCCGGGGGCAGCGGCUGCCUGAUCCUGUCCAUGGCGGCCAUUGGUGCCUUGUAUGAGCUGGACCACACGCAGUCGAGGGACCUUUUCGAAAUGGCCAAGAAGAUGAUCCAGCUGUACCUCGAGGAGCGACGCAAAGCCGACGUCCGCAAGGCCGACUUCCGCCGAACGCCCAUGUCCGACCACGGCUCGCUUGGCUCCGAGUCCUCGGUCCACACGCCGGUCUGGCUCGUCCAGGCCAUGCUUUUGAAUGUCAUUUACGGGCACAACUGCGGCGACAAGACAGCUAGCGACAUUGCCUCUACGCACUGUGCCGCGCUUGUCAGCCUGGCCCAGGCAGCUGGUUUGCUGCGGCCCGUCAAACUGGAUUCCGCGGAUAACCAUGACAUUCAAGUCAAUGAUGCGGAAGGCAGCUGGAGCGGAAUUAAGGCCGAGUCCGAGGAGCAAGCGGAAUGGCUGAGAUGGAAAACCAUGGAGGAAAGGAAGCGGACUCUAUACACCAUCUUCAUUCUCUCUAGCCUGUUAGUGUCUGCUUAUAACCAUGCCCCGGCCUUGACGAACUCUGAAAUUUUGUUGGAUUUACCGUGCGAUGAGGAGUUUUUUGCUGCCGAGAGUACGGCAGCCUUCCGGCUGAAGGGCGGCGUUCGCGCCGCAGGGCACAACCGCAUGACGUUCCAUGACGCAUUGGGAGAGCUGUUGCGUACGAACGAAAAGCAACAGAAGCUUGCACUCGGCAGCGGGUCUCAGCAGUUUGGCUCGUCGCUCGGUUCAGGUGACAUGCCCAAGCCCGAGCUGAAACCUAGCACUUUUGGCUGUUUGGUUCUGAUUAAUGCAUUGCACAACUACAUCUGGGAAACCCGUCAACGCCACCACAACAAGAUUUGGACCAACGAGGAGACGGAGAAGAUGCAUCGCCACAUUGAGCCGGCCCUGAAGGCAUGGCAAGCCGCUUGGGCAAGUAACCCUCACCACAGUCUGGAGCGGCCCAACCCAUUCGGCAUGGGCCCAUUGUCUGCCGAUUCAAUCCCGCUGCUCGACCUCGCCUAUGUUAGGCUCUUUGUAAAUCUGUCCCGCUCCAAGGAGAAGUUCUGGCAGAGAGACUGGGACGGCCUGGCGGAGGAGCUUUCCCGUGGGACGGAGAUCAUCCAGCACGCCGAGCACUCCCCGGCCUCGAACGCGGAAUCGUCCACAGAUCCAUCCGACGCGUCGGCCUCCAGCUCCGUGUUCGUCGACUCGCCCCCCACACAGUCGUCGUCUCCUGAAUUUGCCGCAGCCAAGUAUCCCCCAGGCGGCCUGAUGCAGCAAGCAUCUAGCCGGACCAUCUCAAAACGGGAGAGGCACCUCCGCAAGGCGGCCUUCUACGCUGCAGAUUCGCUAUCCAUGGCGGACAAGCUUGGCGUGACUUUCGCUGACUUCACAAGCCGAGAGCUACCGAUGCAAUCUGCCCUGUGCGCCUUCGACUGUGCUCAGGUUCUCGCUGAAUGGGUCGCCACUCUUCAAGAGCGCGUUGGUCGUUAUCUUGGCGUGCUGGGGCAAGACGAUGUCGAUUUGACCCAAGUUCCAGCCAUCAUGCUUUUGGAAGAUGAAGAUGUUAAGCUCCUCGGCAAGAUCCAGGAGGUGCUCACCAGCGCCGAAAUGAAGAUGAGCCUUGACCUUGUGAGCGGCAGUAUGAAUACUGGUAUCGAUGCGCGGCUUCAAAUGGAUGAACACAGCGGAUAUGCUGCCAAGAUUCUUAGGGUCACGGCAUAUAUGAUGGACAAGUCUGCUGUUUGGCCUGUCACCCAUUUGAUGGCUCGUUGUCUUGAGACUCAUGCUAAUCAUAUGCGCGCCCGUGCCGAGAAGUCAAUCAUUUCUAGCGAAUGA